AUGAUAGUUUUUGAUGUGAAUCGACCAUUCCGUAAUCAUACAACUCUUUUAUGCACAGCCGUGAUGAGAGAAAUUUUGCUGGAAAAUAACGCGAAAAUUAACGUCAAGAAACGUAAUGGUGAAACUCCGCUUUUGUGUGCUAUCUUUAAUGAAAGAAUUGAUAUUGUUAAGUUAUUAAUGGCGGCGGGGGCUGAUAUUAACGCUGAAUACUCUAUUAUGAGAUCUACGUUAAUGCACGACAUCUAUUCUAAGCCAUGGAUUCUUCAAUAUUUAUUGAGUUUAGAUGAGCCGAUGACUGAUGUUAAUAUUCUCAACAAAGCGGGACAGAAUAUUCUUCAUAGUAAUUCAUCAAGCCGUGAUAGAGCUUAUAUCUGCGUUAGAAGUUCUCGCAUUAUUCUUGAUGCUGGCAUCGAUGUUAACGCUCAAGAUUCAGAGGGUCGACUUGUUGUUAUAAUUGUAAAGAGUUUGCUGAACAUAAUAUCAUCCAUAUCCUCAUUAAACAACAAAUUGUCAACCGGGUUAACAGUUUGUGAGGGAAAUCGACAAGCUGUUGAAAUAGGCUUCGAUGAUUCGAGUAAAACGCGUCGGGAAGAGCUCCAAAAAAUGAAAAUUAAUAAAGUCAGUAUGACGAUCCGCUUGAAGUUUGCGGUCUUAGAUCAAAUUAUCAAUGAAAUAAAAUUAAAGACUGCGUAUCCGUUGUACGGAGGAAUGCUAUUUUAUAAAUUGUCCAAGGUUCGGCGAAGAAUAAAAUACUUGGAAGUAGUCGAAAAAUUUGUUGAAGGAAUAUUAUGGGAUUUAAGACUUCCGGCGACUUUUAUCAGAGAAUUAUGUUUUCUGAACACUCAACAUUUCUUUAUAAGAAGCUUGGGAACAUUUAAAAACUUACCAAGGAAAAUUUUGAAAUUUCGAACGCGAAUUCUGAAAAACAAAAUGCUUCCCAACCUUUCAUAUAAACUUGCAUGUAUGGAAAUUCCAAAAAUCAGCUCAAAAGAAAUCAAUGUAACCGUUGUCGAAAAAUUCUUGAAUCAACCAGGAAACAAUGUCAACAGUAUAGUUUAUGACCAGGAUCGACCAUUCCCUAAUUAUACAACUCUUUUAUGCAUGGCAGUGAAGAAGAAAGACGAGGCAUUAAUAGACUAUUUGAUUUAUCGACAAGCUAAUCUAGAUCAGGAUUCAGCUUAUGGGAAUGAAAAUCCUUUGUAUUUAGCAGCCUUAAAAGGAGACACCAAAUUGUUCAAAAAAUUGUAUCACCUGGGUGCUGAUAUUAAUUUAUCAUCUUUAAUACGCUCGUCACCGUUAAUGAUAGCCGCUCGCUGUGGACGCCUCGAAAUCAUAAAGUACCUGAUUAAACAAGGCUUAGAUGUGAAUGUAACCGAACCAGACUGUGGCUCUAGACUAUUGCACCACGCUGCUGCUAGUUCGAACACUGAAUUAGUGGAAUUUUUGCUGGAAAAUAACGCGGAAAUUGACGCCGAGAAACAUUAUGGUGAAACUCCACUCUUGUGCGCUAUCUCCACCGAAAAAAUCAACAAUGUCAAGUUAUUAAUGGCAAGAGGAGCUGAUAUUAACACCCUUCGGAGCUCUAAUAGAAGAUCUACGGUCAUGCACGACGUUCAUUAUAGAAAAUCGAUUCUUAAAUAUUUACUGAGUUUAGACGAGCCGAUGACUGAUGUUAAUAUUCUCAACAACGCAAAAGAGACAAUUCUUCAUUAUAAAUUGUCAAGCUUCUAUUCCUGCGCUGAAACUUGCAGCAUUAUUCUUAAUGCUGGCGUUGACGUUAACGCUCGAGAUUCAAAGGGUCAACUUGCUGUUAAUUGUAGAACGUCUUCUAAACAUCAUACCGAACAUGUCAUCAUUGAACGGCACAUUGUCAAGUUAAUAUCAGCCGGGUUAACAGUUUGUAAGGGAAAUCGACAAGCUGUUGAAAAAGCCUACGAUGAUUUCAGAAAAACUUGUCUGGAAGAGAUCCAAAAAAUGAAAAUUGAUAAAGUCGGUUUGACGAUCCGCUUGAAGUUUGCGGGUUUGGAUCAAGUUAUCAAUGAAGAAAAAUUAAACAUUGCGUUUCCGUUGUACGGAGGAAUGAUUUUUUAUAAAUUGUCCAAGGUUCAGCGAAGAAUAAAAUACUUGGAAGAAGUCGAAGAAUUUGUUGAAGGAAUAUUAUGGGAUUUAGGACUUCCGUCGAUUUUUAUCAGAGAAUUAUGGUCCUAUUUUACUAAUAUACAGUUGAAAAAAUUAGUCUUGAUUAAUAUUCAAAACAAAGUGAUGGCCGGAGUUUCAAUUGGGCUUGCAAAUACAAAAAUUCCGAAAGUUCGCGGAAAAAAAAUCAAUGUAACAGUUGUCGAGGAAUUAUUGAAUCAACCUGACAACAACGUCGACAUGAUAAUUUUUGACCUGGAUGCAAAAUUCUAUUAUUAUACAACUCUUUUAUGCAUGGCCGUGAGGAACGGUGACGAGGAGUUAAUAGACUAUUUGAUUAAUCGAAAAGCCGAUGUAAAUAAAAGUUUACCUCCUGAGAAUGAAAAUCCUUUGCUUAUUGCAGCUGGAAAAGGAAACACUGAAGUGUUCAAAAAAUUGUAUCACCUGGGUGCUGAUAUUAAUUUAUCAUCUUCAAAAGAUUUGUCAACGUUGACGAUAGCCGCUCUCUGUGGACACCACGGAAUCAUAAAGUUCCUGAUUGAACAGGGCUUAGAUGUGAAUGUUACCGAACCAGACCAUGGCUUUAGACUAUUGCACCACGCUGCUACUAGUUCGAACACUGAAUUAGUAGAAUUGUUGCUGGAAAAUAACGCGGAAAUUGACGCCAAGCACCAUAAUGGUAUAACUCCGCUAUUUUAUGCUGUCACCUUCGGAAGAAUCAACACUGUCAAGUUAUUAAUGGCGAGAGGAGCUAAUAUUAACAACGCUCAGGGCUCUCUUAGCAAAUCUACGCUCAUACACGUCGUUCAUUAUAAAAAAUCGAUUCUUAAAUAUUUACUGAGUUUAGACGAGCCGGUGACUGAUGUUAAUAUUCUCAACAAAGCGGGACAGACUAUUCUUCAUUAUAAACUAUCAACCCAUAUUUUAAAUGAUACCGGCGAUGAAAGUUGCAGCAUUAUUCUUGAUGCUGGCGUUGACGUUAACGCUCAAGAUUCAAAGGGUCAACUAGCUGUUAAUUGUAAGACGUUUUUUAGAGAUACUACCAAAAAUACCAUCCUCAAACGGCACAUUGUCAAGUUAAUAUCAGCCGGGUUAGCAGUUUGUGAGGGAAAUCGACAAGCUGUUGAAAUAGGCUUCGAUGAUUUGAGAGAAACGUGCCUGGAAGAGCUCCAAAAAAUGAAAAUUAAUAAAGUCGGUGUGAGUAAUAUCACAUUUUUCCACGUUUUACACAUGACUUUUCAUAAGUUAGCGAUCCGUUUGAAGUUUGCGGGCUUGGAUCAAGUUAUCAAUGAAGAAAAAUUAAAGACUGCGUAUCCGUUGUACGGAGGAAUGCUGUUUUAUAAGUUGUCCAAGGUUCAGCGAAGAAUAAAGUACUUGGAAGAAGUCGAAGAAUAUUUUGAAGGAAUAUUAUGGAAUUUAGGACUUCCGUCGCAUUUUAUCAGAGAAUUAUGGUCUUAUUUUACCAAUAUAGAGUUGAAGAAAUUAAUCUUGCAUGAAAACAAUAAUUUUAUUAAGCUUUUGUAA